AUGAUCUCCCCAGCAGAAACCAUCACCUACCUAUUCAGCGGGGUGGUUGUGUCAAAUAUAUACCUCAUAAUAAUGCACCUCACUCCAAUCCCUCGAAUCAUCCGCUGCCUUCCCUUUGGCCAGGCGUAUGUCCUGGCUCUCCAGGCGAUGGUCGCAGCUUGUAUUGUCCGGAUGCAAUGCAUUAUCCUGAAUCAGCCAUUCCAGCUUCGAUCGAGGAAGAUCAAAGUCCUUCUCUUUCUCUAUGCUAUCUUUCCAAUGCCGAUACUUGUGGUAUGGGUGGAUACUAACGUUCUUCCGAGGGCGUGUGGGUGUCGGUGUUGGAGUUGA